AUGGCUACCAACAUUACAUGGCAUCCCUCACUCUCGCGCUCUGAGCGUAACCAGCUGCGCGGGCAGCGUGGUUUCACCCUCUGGCUCACAGGACUUUCCGCUUCUGGCAAGUCCACCGUAGCAACCGCUCUGGAACAGCACCUUUUGCACCUGGGAGUUGCCGCCUAUCGUUUGGACGGUGACAAUGUACGCUUCGGCCUCAACAAAGAUCUUGGUUUCUCCGAGAAAGACCGUAAUGAGAACAUCCGUCGCAUCGCUGAGGUAUGGUCAUUUACUCAACCCUUUGGGCUUGAUCUUCCGUCCCAAGUACGACCACCGUCAGAGAGUACGCGACUAAUGCCGCAGCAGGUCGCUAAGCUGUUUGCCGAUUCUUCGACCAUUGCCAUUACCUCCUUCAUCUCGCCGUACCGUGCAGACCGUCAAGUAGCUCGCGAGCUGCACAGCCAGACUGGCCAGAGCAGCGACGAAGCCAUUCCAUUCAUCGAAGUCUUUGUCGAUGUGCCUCUCGAGGUCGCUGAGCAGCGUGACCCCAAGGGUCUGUACAAGAAGGCUCGGGCGGGAGAGAUCAAGGAUUUCACCGGCAUCUCAGCCCCUUACGAGGCACCCGAGAAGCCCGAAAUUGUUAUCAGGACCGACAAGUCGAGCGUCGAGGAAUGUGUGGCACAAAUUGCCGAGUGGCUGAUCAAGGAGGGUCUCAUCACUGCGAGUAAAACGGCCUGA